AAGGAGAGAUUCAGAGACAGAGAAUGUAAAGAGAAGUACUUAGAGCUUCUACCUCACCCACUUCGCACAGCCCUCAACCACCGCAAUGCUGCCGGAGAUUCCGCCGGCGCCACCUCCCCGAAUAUAAGUCUGCCGUUCGCCAUACAUUUUUUUCCAGAUAUUGUAGUUGUUAAGAAUGUCGGGUUUGAACUCCAGUAAGCAGGCAAAGGCACGUGACCUGAAGCACCGCGUGCUCACUUGCCUCCACAAGCUCUCCGACAGGGACACCCACUCCGCCGCCGCAUUGGAGCUCGAAUCCAUUCCGCCUUUCGUAUCGUCCAUCUCGGCCACCGACUCCUCCGACAAAUCACCCGUUCGCCGCCAGUGCCUCCGACUCAUUUCCGUUCUCUCCGAGAACCACGGAAAUUCCCUCUCUCCUUACCUUUCCAAGCUCCUCUCCGCGGUCGUCCGCCGCCUCCGAGACCCCGAUUCAUCCGUCCGUUCCGCCUGUGUCGCCGCGUCGUUAUCCCUCUCCUCGCACAUCACUUCUCCUCCUUUCACCUCCAUAACCAAACCCUUCGUCGAAUCUCUCUUCAUUGAGCAGGACACCAACGCCCAAAACGGCGCCGCGCUGUGCCUGGCUGCUAUAAUUGAGGGAUCACGAAAUCCGGACCCCGGAACACUGAGAAGACUGUUGCCGAGGCUCGAGAAGUUGGCAAAAUGCGAGAGCUUCAAGGCGAAGGCGGCACUUUUGGCGCUGAUUGGAAGUGUAGUUGGAGUAAAAGGAGUGCUGAGUAGUGGUGGAAAGAAUGUGAUUAGGAAUUUGGUCACAUGUUUGAUGGAAUUCUUGAGUAGCGAAGACUGGGCCGCGAGAAAGGCCGCGGCAGAGGCGUUGAUGAAGAUCGCCUCUGUGGCGAAAAACGCGCUGUCGGAGUAUAAAGUUUCAUGCUUGAAGACUUUUGAGGCAAAGAAAUUUGAUAAGGUGAAGGCAACGAGGGAGACAAUGAAUCAGAUGAUAGAGACUUGGAUGGAGAUUCCAGAUCUACCUGACGAGGUUUCACCAUUACCUGAAUCACAGGCUUCAUCUAAAGAGAAUGCUAGUGAUGGACGUUACCCACCUGGCCCCAAAACUUCCUGCUCUAUUGGCUCUGCAACUCCUCAAGUAAAGAGGAGAAGCCUUCUAGAGAGCCCAGCUACCAGGACACCAUUUGGUGAUGGCUCUCCUGCUUCCACAGCCAGGAAAAGAAGUCCUUAUGGAGGUGAUGGAAACAGAAUCGGCCCAGCAAUGUUCCGGAAGUUAGACCAGAAGAAGCCCUCCAACUUGAAAGUUGAAAUUGUGGCCCCUUCUGGUUCGUCUGACGUGGUGGUUUCAGAUGAUAGUCCUUUAAAUAAAGAUGAACAAAUUUUGGCAGCUGCUGAGAGUGAGAAGAAACAAUUUGAAAAGCCAGAGAUCAAACGUGCCCUUUUCAAUGAGAACAAGCUGAAACUUGGUUUCUUUAAAGGUGGUUCUCGAGUUGUUCCUUGUGGUGAUGCCAGUGUUGUAGUUAGCAAUGAAACUGGAGAUAUCUGUAGGAACCAGAGAGACUGUGAGGACCUAUCUCUGAUUCGAAAGCAACUUGUUCAGAUUGAAAAUCAGCAAUCCAAUUUGUUGGACCUUCUGCAGAGGUUUAUCGGGAGCUCACAGAAUGGUAUGCAUUCGCUGGAGGCACGUGUUCAUGGUCUUGAGCUUGCUUUGGAUGAAAUAUCAUUUGAUUUGGCUGUCUCAACUGGACGGAUGUCACAAAACGGUGCAGCUGGAGGUAUGUGUUGCAAGCUACCUGGUACUAAUUUCUUGAGCUCAAAGCUCUGGAGAAAAGCGCCAGGUCAUUCUUCAACUUCUCGGGUACCAUCUUCUAGUGGAACCCCGUCAGUAGCUGCAGUACGCAGCGUAUCAGACAAGAACGGAGAUGGUGAAAGAUUUCCACUGGGAAAUCGGAGGUAUCUGCUCCAAGGUGGCCGCGGGCUUAUAGUGAACCCAUUGGCCAAAAUUUCUAGCGGCACCAUGGGAUUUUCAGACAUUUCCUCAAGUGGAGUUGUAACAAAUAUUGCUGUUUGAUGUCUAUAGUGCAUAUAUAUGCCCGGACUGUUCCAGGCUAAGGUGGUAGACCCAAAAUUUGAAAGGCAGUGUGUGUGGAACAUACAGUUUUAACCAACUAUACAUAGUUUGAGCUUCAUUAAGGACACUCAUGCCAAAUUUGCUGUUGACUCCUUUGGAUAUUCCAAGCGUUUGUUUUAUUCAAUCAACCGAAGAUCAGGUUAGAAUCUUCAUAUAGAAGAUGGCAAAAGAGUGGAGAAAUGCUCUUCAGGAGUCUGACACGAGUGUUCACGGGUAAGAGGACAAAGGGCCGAUCUCUGCUCUUAGUAUGAAGUAAUGAUGCAUAUAGUCAAGAAACCUGUGUUUUAUUCUUUAUGUAGUGACUAGUGAGAUAUGUUUCCAUUCUUUGUUGAAUCUGAGUAAUCAUCAUUUGAAAGAUAGGUGAGGGAUGUGAAUCAUUGGUAGCAGCAUCUUUUGAAUGAUGAGUUUUAACCUUUAAUCAAUGGCUAUGGACCACAUGAACCCAUUGUAAGGAAAGCUUGUGUGUUAGAAGAUACCCGUUGCGUGCGAAUGCGCCUCGGUUGGUGAUUCUCAUAGUCAUAUAUAAGGUAUCCAUGAAUCGGGUCGUAUCCAACAUUUUAUUAUUCAA